AUGUCAGAAACCAAAGGAUUUCUAACAAAACGAUGUAUCAUCCCCGGUCGACUGGAGGAGAAAAUAGCCAUUGUCACUGGUGCAAACACGGGUAUCGGAUUGUGUACGGCCGGAGAACUGGCACGACGUGGUGCCACGGUGAUCAUGGCGUGUCGAAGCGUAGAGCGGGCAGAAACCGCAAAGACCAAAUUGCUAGCGGAUUACGGUGCAACGAACCCGGAUUGGAUGAAAAAAGAUGUAGCGGAUCCGGCAGUGGCCUCUUCGUUGACACCCAUUGAAGCCACACAAUUGAUUAUUGAACAAUUGGACCUCGGAUCGUUGGACUCGGUGCGAGAGUUCGCAACCCGAGUGUUGGAAAAAUAUCCAAAAAUACACUAUCUCAUCAACAAUGCCGGUUUGUCAUUGGACAAAUUCUCGACCACAAAAGACGGAUUCGAACAGGUAAUCGGUGUGAAUCAUCUGGGUCAUUUUCUUCUCACCGAACUCAUGUUGCCCGCGUUGAAAGCGGCCGGCGCACCAUCGCGUAUCAUUAUUGUAUCGUCCAUGGUUCAUUAUUAUGGCCAGUUGUACAAACCGGAUUUGCAGCCAACGGAAGAAAACUAUGGUCAGUUGUCCGUAUACAACUCUUCGAAAUUGGCCAAUGUGAUGCAUGCGGUGGAACUGAGCAAACGCCUGGAGGGAACCAAUGUCACCGUGGUCAGUCUGCAUCCGGGUGUGGUGGAAACGGAAUUUCAAAGAGACUUUAAAAGCAUUAGCAUGUUGCUUAUUGAACAGUUAGACCUCGGAUCGUUGGACUCGGUGCGAGAGUUCGCAACCCGAGUGUUGGAAAAAUAUCCAAAAAUACACUAUCUCAUCAACAAUGCCGGUUUGUCAUUGGACAAAUUCUCGACCACAAAAGACGGAUUCGAACAGGUAAUCGGUGUGAAUCAUCUGGGUCAUUUUCUUCUCACCGAACUCAUGUUGCCCGCGUUGAAAGCGGCCGGCUCACCAUCGCGUAUCAUUAUUGUAUCGUCCAUGGUUCAUUAUUAUGGCCAGUUGUACAAACCGGAUUUGCAGCCAACGGAAGAAAACUAUGGUCAGUUGUCCGUAUACAACUCUUCGAAAUUGGCCAAUGUGAUGCAUGCGGUGGAACUGAGCAAACGCCUGGAGGGAACCAAUGUCACCGUGGUCAGUCUGCAUCCGGGUGUGGUGGAAACGGAAUUUCAAAGAGACUUUAAAAGCAUUAGCGUGGUAGAUGACAAUGAAUAA